AUGAACACUUAUAUGAGUGGUACAUGUAUGCUUUAUGUGAUCUUUGUUAUAAAAGAAAUAAUGAAAACAAUAUUUUAUAACGUUUUUUAAUAUAACUUUUGUGUUAUAUUACAGGCCCUUUCACAGAAAGAACAGUCACAUCGUAUAUAAAAUUAACUAAUCCAUCGAAUCACAAAGUUUAUUUUAAAAUAAAAACAACUGCUCCAAAGAGGUAUUGUGUACGACCGAAUUGUGGAUAUUUGAAACCAAUGGAAAUUUCACAAAUAGCUGUGACUCUUCAACCAUUUGAUUUUGAUCCAACAGAAAAAAAUAAACACAAAUUUAUGGUGCAAGCUUUAGUAGCUCGUGAUAAUGAUGAUGAAGAAAAUCCAGACAUGUGGAAAGGCAUAGAUCCGGAACAAUUGAUGGAAUCUAAACUAAAGUGUGUAUUUGAAAAUCCAGUAAUUCAAACUAUGACAGCUGAAACAACUAAAUCAGAAAUUACCACAAAUAAUGGUAAAAAUAAAGGUGUUGGUGAUUCUGUUAAGUCAUCGCCAAUAAAGAUCUCUGGAGAAACAGAAGAAAAACUGAUAAAGGCAGCGCAAGAAGUAAAUCAGCUUAGGGAAGAAGAGAGUGCCCUUAGACAGGAAAAUCUUCAGUUGAAGGAGGAUCUGUUGCAAUUACGAAAUGUCCUGUUGGUUAACGAAGCUACGUCGGCUAAUAAAAAUUUUAACACACAGAAUAGUAGCGAAUCGUCACCAACGGUUACCAGCAUCCUUAUUGCUGUUGUCAUGGUUAUAUUAGGAUAUGUGCUGGGAAAAAUGAUCUGA